CCCGGCGACAGCACAGCCCCGCGGCUAGCCAGACUCUGCAGCCAGGGAGCGGCGCGGCCCCUCCUGAGGGCCGUCUGGGGCCACUGAGGCUGGUCUCCAGUAGGUAAACCGAGGCCCCGCAAGGCAGCCGGGCUCCUGAGCCGUUCCCUCCCGCAGGUGACAGAACCUGGGAGACGUGUGCUGUGGCUCACCGGCCCGGCCGUCAUCUCCUACGGUUGCGACAUGCUGGACUCGUCUGUGGCAGAACAAAUGACCCGACUGACGCUGAAACUCUUGGGACAGAAGCUGGAGGAGGAGCGAGAGAACCUGGAUGGGGACUCUGAGGGCCCCCACCUCCUGCCAGGAAAGGAGGACGGGCCGGAAGACGCCCUGCACAGUGCUCUGAGGAGAAGGAGGGACCUUCUGCAGAGGCUCCGGGCGCAGCACCUGGACGGGCUCUCCCAGGCCCACUCCUGGAGGGGGCUGCACGGAGGAGCCCACGGCUCAGCCCUGCCCCCGGAGGUGCCCCCCACCAUCCCCGCCGGCUCCCCACCUCCACUGGCUCCGGCCCCGGAGCCACCACGGAUCAUCCAGCACCAGGUCCCACAGCCUCCAGCCACCAUCAUUCAGCAGUUGCCUCAGCAGCCGCUCAUAGCACAGAUUCCUCCUCCCCAGGCCUUCCCUACUCCAAGGUCAGGAAGCAUUAAGGAAGACAUGGUGGACGUGCUGCUGCUGCAGAGCGCCCAGAUGCACCAGAUCCUGACGCACAGCCUCAUGCUGGGGGCCCUGCCCCGCCCCGCCCCCGAGUGGGCUCCACCCGCCGUCCCGCGGGCCGCGAGGCCGAGGCCGCCCGCCGCGCCCCGACAGCACCGGCACCGGCACCGGCACCAGCACCAACACGCGCGCGCCGGCUGCUUCGCGGGGCCCGCCUGA